AUGAAGCGCAACCACAAGCUCUCCAAUGCACUUUUGUCGACCGAGACAGCGUGGUACUGCGCAGCCGAGUUCCAUAAACAGGUCGAAGGAAAAGAACGAAGCAGGUCAUUAUCGCAAUUAAGUAGCGACGAGACUCUUUUGCAAGAUCAGCAUUCGAAAUGGAGUGAUAUUUCACACAUGCCACGAAAUUUUCUAUCUCAAGGGCAUGAGCUGGCAACUAAAGCAGAAAUAAGAAGUAACAAUAAUGAGACGAAAGGCCGAAUUUAUUCAAUGGAAAAUCUUCGUUUGGCCAUGUUAAUGAAGGAUACAAAGCUGCAGGAACGGGCUAAAAAGUAUGAAGCGCUCAUGCUCUAUACUGUAUGUGUAGCUUACGAUUUUAUGAUUGAGAUCAGGAAAAAAGCUCGACCGCGAAUCGUUCAAGACAUGCUGGCACUGGAACGACGCUACGCUGAGACAGCAUGCAAGGUGCAGAAAUGGUGGCGAGCACAUUUGCAUCAGAAGCUUUGGAGACUAUAUAUGAGACAAUGUGAAUCGGCAGUAUUGAUCCAAUGCCUAGCACGUGGUUUCUUAACUAGGCGAUGGGCUCAUAUUUGGCACGCAAACCGAGAGAUGCGUAUCACGAAGGUGCAGGCGUUAUUCCGUGGCCAUUUCGUUCGAAAUAGCUUUAUGCCUAAUCGGAAGCGCUGGGAGCGUUUCAACGCUUCUAAGAUUCAGUCUGCGGUCCGGAAGUAUCUUGCACAUCGCUUAUUUCGACAAUGUCAGCGGGAGACUGCAGCUCUACAUAUUCAGUCUUGCUGGCGAAGUAUUAUAUCGAGACGAAAAUCAGAUAUUUGCUGGCUGGAUGAUAAAAGUAUUGUAGUACAGCGAUGUCUUCGUGGAACACUCGCUCGACGAUUGUGUCGACAGAGGGUGAUACGGGAUAACAAAGCUAUCAUUGUGAUACAGCGAAUAUGUCGUGGAAUUAGAGCCCGAAAUCACAUCCUCACAAUCCUGCGUCAUAGGGAAGUUAGCAACAGGCAAGUGUAUAUCGCAGUUUUGAAGGCUGAAGAAGAAUGGCAUCGUGCGCAACGUGAUAAACUCCAGGUGAGACUUAGCCGUAAUCGGCUGAAAGAACGCGUUGCACAAUUAGAAUUUGACUAUUCCAUCAAGCAUGAACACAUCCAUGAUAUGGAACGUCUUUACCUUGAUAUGCAAACGCAACGCAUGCGAAUGUCCCCUCGAGCUAUCGAGCACGGGUGGGUUGAAGAAUUAGAGGCAAAAUUGAAACAACAGCGAGCGCUCAUCACCGAGCUUAAACACGAGAACAUAUUCGAGCUCGGUUUGGAGUUGAAGUUUAAAGAAAAAGAGCUUACCGAUAUGCUGCGACAAAUUACCUUAAUUGAAGAAAAACGACAACAGUUUGAAACUUGGCAAAACGAAGAGUAUGCCGAUUGCUGUGAGUAUGAGUCUAGAAUUUUCUUUGAGGAAAAAAUUCAACAAAGACGUCAGCGGGUUGCCGAAAUUCGACGCCAAUGGCAGUAUCAAUUCUAUCCAACUAAUGGCAAACGCGACAGUCGUUGGCGUGGAAGUUGCAGGUCUCUAGGUGUGAUCGACGCUGCUAGAGAGAAGAAUUUCACUUGUAGUGGGUUUACAGACGUCUCCGCGCAAGUGCAAGGCGAAUGGCUUCGUCCGCAAGUAGUACCGUCAAAUAAACAAAUUUUCAUCAGCAGAGUAGGUACAAACGAUAUUAUUGGCCAUCUAGCAGACCAAGUUGCGCUCACUGUUGCAACGGCUCAGAUAGAGCAGAUACAGGUGCUGUUUGAUCCCGUCUCAAGCGAUGUUGAAAGAACAUCUGAUAAAAUUCGGACGCUGUGA